AUGCCAAAUUUUCAGCCUGAUCAGAGCUUGCGUGCGGCGAAUGCGGCGCGAGAAUAUCUUGACGGCGACUCGCUAACGCUGAUACACAAGACCAAUGAAGGCCUCGUAAAGAAGUAUAUCAGGCUUCUUCGCGCCAAUCUGGCUCUUCCAAGCGGGGGAAAGGGAGGCGCCCCUACUGCUCUUACCGAUGCUGAAGAGAAGAGUCUACUCUCAUACGCAAGACUCGUCGAAGGCGGCACUUUCGCACUCACGGAGGCAUGCCUCAUCAAUAAGGCCAACUUUAUCCGCCAUCAUCGCCGUCAGGGCUUAACUUCUCAGGUGUCGAGAUCGUGGCUUACUCGCUUUAAACGGCGGCAUCCAGAGCUUGCCAUCAGGAGGGCUAGGAUCCAGGAGAUCACUCGCGCCGGCGCCGAGCUUGAGGUUGACGAGCUUGAGGCUUGGUUCCACGAAUAUCAGGCCGUUAUCAAGGAGCUCAGAAUAACGCCAGAAAAUCUAUGGAAUUUCGACGAAACCCUCUUCAGCUUGGGUGGAUGA